AUGAGUCUCUCAUAUAUUCAUUCGAUUUUGAGUUUUUUUUCAAUUCCACUAAUAAUUCUAUUUGGUGUGAUUGGAAAUCUUCUAAGUAUUCUUAUAUUUACUCGUCCAUCUCUUCGUCGUUCGUGUUCAAUAUAUUUCUUAGCCGGAUCAGUCAAUUGUCUUGUAAUUCUUCUUUUUGGCGCAUUAACACGUUGGUUAUCGGUUGGUUAUAUCAAUUUCAAUCCAACAACAACAUCUCUUUCCUAUUGUCGUUUUCGUUCCUAUUUUGUCUAUGUUAUUUAUAACUUAUCUCCAUAUUUCACUGCAUGUAUCACAAUUGAUCGUUUUUGUUCAAGUUCUUCCAGUGCGAGUAUUCGUCGAUUAAGUUCUCGCGUAAAACUUGCUUAUAUAGUUGUCUUGAUGGUUAUUCUAAUAACAUUUAUAGCUUAUAGUCAUAUGUUAGUUGGAUUUACUAUUGUGAAUUCUGUUUGUCGAGCUCAGUCAGAAUUCUAUGCUGAAUUCUUUCCAUUUUUCACCACUGGGUAUUACUUUUUCUCGAUUCUUUUAAUCAUUUUCUUCGGAUUCGGUACAAUUUAUAACAUUCGUUCUCAACGUCGAAAAGUUCGCGCCAUAACAGUGGUAGAAAAUCGUCAAAUUCGAGGUGAUACUCAAUUGUUCCUACUCUUAUUUGUACAUGUUAUGUGUUAUAUAUCAUUAGCUUUGCCUUAUCAUAUUUCAUUAGUUAUCGGAGCGACUUAUUCAACUUUGCUUGUCAAUCCAACGUUUCAAUUUAUUCAAAAUCUGACGAUUAUUCUCUUAUACCUCAGUCAAGCGAUUAAUUUUUAUGUAUUUACAUUAACUGCGAAUUUGUAUCGAAAAGAACUUUUCAAUCUCUUACGAAAAGUUAAAGCAAAAUACUGGGACAAACAACUAGUCAUACAUUUCGGACAAAAUACUGUAUAUUAA